CAACAGUCGAAAAUUUAACAGCUACUGGUUCGUACGUAAAAUAGAUCUCAGUUGUGGGGGAAUCAACGUUUAAAUUCUUCUAGGGAGGAUUUUUGGAAUGUAUUGUAUUUAUACAUCUAACUAGAGGUAUAAGAGUAGCAAACCGUAUUGCAUCCCAAAAUAUAUUGGUUAAUUAAUUGCAUGCCACAAAGGUGUACCCAGCUCAAAACAAAAAGUUGUCUAUCAUGCUGCUUUCUAUUUUAAUUUCAGUUAUAUAGAGUCUUCCACGACGAUUUGACAAUUUUAUAUGGAAAAUUACUAGAAUUACUUUUAUUCAAGCAAGCCAAAUGUGAACCCUGUUUUGAAACAAAUUGUACAGAAGGAUUUAUAUAUACUUCAGAGCGAAUGCAAAUGCCCCUCAUCUCGAUAUAAUAAAUUCUGGGUAAAUUUUUUUAGUUAUAAGUCUACAGAAGAAUUUGGGAAGGGAUGAAAACAUCGUCAAAAUGGGUAUGACCAGUUCUUUGCAACACUUAAUUGGUUAUUGCAAAGAUCGAUAAUUUUUUGUUGAAAAGUGCAUAAGUGCAUAUGAAAUAAUAGCCAAAAGUUAAAACCUUUGUAGCGAUUGAGAUCGAAAAAAAUCUUCAAAAAUGUUCAACCUAUCCAGCGAUAUAACUGCUGCAACAAAUUAGACAUACAGGCUUAACAUAGUCUCAAGGCUAUGCAGGUGAGUUUACAGUCGCAGACUGUCUAUCGCUUACUGCUACGCUCAUUUCUUUCUUAGUCGGUGUCUGUGAUGGAUCAUCCAGUGAAGGAGUACUUUGACUAUGCCUUGCAGCUAGUCAAAGAAGCAGGAAAGGUGCUUCUAACUGCCGAAGACUACCAAGUAGAGUGUAAGAGUGAGGUGUACGAUUUAGUCACUGUAUACGAUAGACGAAUUGAAGAAGUGUUGGUGAGGAAGCUAAAAGAAAAAUGGCCCGAUCACAAGUUCAUUGGUGAAGAAGAAUCAGAGGCAAGCGGUAUUCCUGAGCUUACCGAUGACCCCACAUGGAUUAUCGAUCCCAUAGAUGGUACAGCGAACUUCAUAAGACAAUUGCGAAUGUCUGCCGUGUCUGUUGGAUUGGUGAUUCGAAAACAGCAGACGUUAGGGAUAGUUUACAAUCCAUUUACGAAUGAGUGCUAUACGGCGAUCAAGGGACAAGGCGCGUUCCUUAAUGGAAAAAGAAUACGUACUAACGGCGAAACAGAUAUAUCGAAAGUCGUAUUUGCCUACGAAAUAUCAUUAGCAAGGAAUCCAAAGUAUCUCGAUCUGUACAUGUACAGACUGAAGCAUCUAAUGAGAGUAGUAAGUGGUAUUCGCUCGUUUGGAACAGCAGUUAUAAGUGCGUGUUAUGUGGCAGAUGGCAGGCUUGAUGCUUACCAGUGUGAUGGUUUGUACCCGUGGGACGUUGCUGCGGCGGGUCUUAUUGUUACAGAAGCUGGAGGCCAUAUCUGUGAUACUUCAGAUUCAGGAAAGGCUUUUGAUUUGAUGGACCCGAACUUUUUGGUGGCUGCGUCGAAAGCAUUAGCUGACGAAUUUUUGAUUCACGAAAAGAAAGCAGACGAGGAAAGGAUUAAUGCUAAGAAUAUCAAAGCGAUAUUCGCUUGAAAAUGAUUGUACAUAUUUCCUCCAUUUGUAUAUACUUAGAAACAGGUAUUUAAUCAUUAAAUGUAAAAACAUUAGAAUAAAGUCUUAAGAUAGUACGCUGUUGAUAUGACACUGAUUUCACAAACUG